AAGUCUGCCAGCCAGUCUCUGUCACCACGAAGGCACAGUCACCGGACAACUUGCUCAGCCUUUUGUCACGGAUGUUCGGAGCUGCCUGACGUCCUCCACGGAGAUGCUUGAGCCUAGUGAUGUGAUCAGGGAGGGCAUCCUCUCUGCACUUCCCAGUAUCCCUGUCGAGUCACUAGGUUGUAUGGUGGAGAAGUUGAUACAGCAAGGAGUAGAGACAGAGGAAGACCUGCAGUAUGUGAGAGAGCAAGACAUUGAAGAGUUCAUAAAGCCCAUUCAGUGCAGAAAACUUCUGGAUACCUGGAAACAUAAAGAGCCUGUGUCCAUUUCUGUCCCACCAAGGCAGAUGUCCACAUGCAUCCCACUGGACCAAAGCUCUUCACUUUCCAGCAGUCCCUUGUCCUCUCCUCCAGCGUCACCCUUGCCUGCAAAGGCAAACUGGCCUAACACUUUUCAAGUAAACUGGGACAAAAUGUCCCCCAGUCUAAACACAUGCAUCCAGAGUGGAAAAAGGCCUUCACCAGCAGAUAGGAGACAGAUGAUCCGCAUACUCGUUGAUGACAUGCGGAAAAUUGAAGUGAAUCCAAGCAGAGCCCAGUGUCUCAUCAUUGCAAGGGACAUAGCUCGACAGUAUCCCCUGUCAUUUAUGGAUACAAUGGAUGAUGGAAGAACAACUGUGGGGGCAGGUUAUGAAUCUCUUCUGUGUCAAAUAAAGACACGCAUAGAACAUUUAAACAGAAAUAACACACUUUCUCGUCGCAGAGCAUCAAAGAAUGCAAAUGGAACUAAACCACAGCGAGGACCUGCAGACACCUACGGUUGCACACAAUGGCAGCCUGAGCUUCCACCUGAAGAGACAGAAGCAUCUCUAGAAAAUAAGAGACAAAAGCUGAUGGAGCUCUUUUCACGUGAAGGUUCCUCAGGAAUUGAAAGAGCAGAAGUGUUAAAACUCAUGGAGAUGACAUAUUACUUGCAGCGCAAAAUGAUAAAUGCAAAUCCUGCUCCAAGUUUGGAAGAUGUGAAGCAGCUAUGGCCAUAUUUGUUUUUCCCAAGGAGCAUGUGCACUCAUUUUGAAGUGCUGACAGAUGUUUCAAUUGUCCGAAAGAUUGAGGCUUUUCUUGAAGAGCAUGGCAGAAACAUCAUGGAGUUCUUCAAACAAAAUCCAACAAAUGAUGACGUAAAGGCUGUUCUCUCCAGCACUGACUGCAGUGUGACUGUUUCAAACAUCCUUCAGGUCCUAAUGGCACACUUCAAGGAGCCGUUGGAUGCCCUCAUCAUCCAAACUGAUGUGUCUGCCACACCAGCCAUUGUGCAGUUGACUGUCACACUGCCUGACACACCACGCUUGAUUGUGGCUGGUCCAAUGACGCAGUCGAACCAGCGUUGGAUGAUGAGUAUAGAAAAAGUGGUGCUAUGUGAAGGAACGUCCUUUGUGCUUGGGCUUGCUGUAGUCUUCUCCUCCUACUACAACUUCAACCUACACUAUCAACAUGAUGCAGCGUGCACGCUGGAAUUCAUUCAGAGAAGCUGCAUUGACAUCAAUCCUGAGAGGGGCACAAAAGCAAGCCGUGAGAAGGUACAAAGCAAGAAAAGCGGCAAGAUGGUCCAAAAGAAGCCAUCAUCAGUGAAUCCGCAUGUCAGCACACUCAUCAAGAAGAUCAGUGACUUCAAGUGGGACUUUGUGUGA